UGUGAGGAGUCGGGACCGGAACGCUUCUGUGGCAGACUCGGUGGAGACUGGCCGGUACCCGUGGGUUAUCCUCGCGGCACCGCUUCAGGCCCGGUCUGUCUCACCACCACCCCCGGCCCGGGCUCCCGGCGGGCACCGCCUCCUUCUGGGAGGGCUGCCUGGGCCGAUUGCCCGGGGCCCGCGGCCCUAGUCGUUUUCUGCCCCUGGAAUGCGGGGAAUGUGGUAGCGACAGAGCGUUUCGGCCCAGCUCCAUCGCUGCACGCUGGGGGACGGAGAAGCGCGGCGCACCCUCCAGGCGUGCGGGGAGCGGGCUGGGAGAUCGAAGCGCAGUCAGCCUCCUGAGGGAAGCAGGUAUACUUUAUAACUGACUUCUCCCUGCUCUCAGUGAUUGAUAAUAAAACCUAAAAUACUAUAAAUAUUAACCCACUAUUACAUUGCAACAGCAAGAACAGAGACAAAAUGAAAAGUGGGAGAAUACGGUGUAGACAGUUGCUAUUGGGAACGAAAGCACUCCUCCAUGCAGUACCUCUGUUGGAAUAAUCGCCUCCAGUAUAAAAGUUUGUCAACCCUGAAUCGCUUUUGGCAGAAGCAAGUUCAGCCAAUGCAGCAACCAGACAGACUGGAUACUGUGGAAGAGGAAACAUCUUCAAAAAAGAAUAUUUCAGGUUGAUUUAUUCAAAGAAGAUACCGUAAUAUGCAGCUGAGGCUCGGAAAAUAUGAAAGACUGGAAAGGAGUGUGUUCAUCAUGGAGGAGUACACACAAUAAUAGCCUACUUGCGUGGGGAUGAUUCUACGCUCCUUAAAGGCUGACCCACAACUGCCUCCCCGAGACAACCGCCGCGAUACCCGCCACAGAGGACCAGAGGAGACGCACCAUUACAGCGGAAAGCGAGCCGACUGCCAGCGAAGGUCACCGAUCACACACUACCUCCGCUACCGCCGCGGGGGAUCCUGGGAAAGGACGCAGCACCCAGCAAAGGCGUUGGAUCGCGACAGACGCCGCUGCCGCGCAGCGCCCCCUACCGCUGCGGAGGACGAGAGCGCCCUCGAUAUCCCGGCUUCGACCUGCAGCCGCCCGCACCUCAUGCUCACUAACACCCAAGUCCUGCCAUGUCCCCAUACCCUCAACCGCUCCAGGUCCUUGCCCAGCCCUCACAGAGUUCAUAUCGCUGUACAGACCCGUGCGCACUCUCAUAUUCCCUCCUUACUCCCGCUCCCCGCGAAGGGAAUGCACUAGGAGCCCCGUGCAAGGACAAUGCUGGGACGGGCUCGAAGCGAGUCUUCGUGUAGCGUGUCGUUUAAAGAAUGCUUGUCCUGGAGGACCGGGAAGCACUCGCCGGGUCAGGUUUAGAAUGGUUGAGACAUCUACGUGCCUGGAACCACUUCCUCCAGGGGACGAAAAGUACAGAGUGACUGGGGUUCCAGAGCACCUCACGUCCCCUGUUCCGUGGGUGUGAGCGGGGCACUGACCACCCACCGACUCACAUGGCUGAAAAAGGCGAGAGCCCCUUACCAGCGCAAGAGUGAACCUGUAAAUAUGCUGCACCCUUCCCUCUCUUCUCUCUCUCUUCCCCGCUCUUUCCCCCUCUUCAGCCUUCCUGCAGCACCGGAACCGGCCCUUUCAGUCGCGGGGCGGGGCUUGGCUGAGGGCGGGAAAGAGGGUCGGCGUGAGGUGUGGAAGAGUGGUGGAGCGCUGUCGCCAUGUUGCGUGAACUCACCGAGGAGCAGAUUAGGGACUGGUUCACCAUAGGCAAAACUGUGACUGGCGUCGAGUUUUUGGGCGGCACGCAGCCCAGUCGCUUGAAUGCCCCUCUUGCUAUGCAGGAGCCAUUAGCAGCUGUAGGGGUUCCUAUCACAGAGAGCGUUGGAACUGAAUAUGCUGAAAAAUGCAGACAGGCAAAGUCACAAGAACUAGAAGUAAUUGGAAAUGAGCAGCUUGUCUAUAAACCAGAUACUUCACUGGGUCAGUGUGAAUCAAGUGCUAAGACUUUUCUACCAGUAAAUAACAGUAAAUGUCUAGAUUUGCCUUUGUCCAAACACAGAGAAGAGAUAGUGUCUCUGAUAGAAAACAAUACAGUUGUGAUUGUACAAGGAGCAACUGGCAGUGGUAAGAGCACACAGAUUCCACAAUAUAUUUUGGAUUAUUGCUUUGAGAAAUCUAUCUACUGCAACAUUGCUGUUACCCAGCCUCGGAAAAUUGCUGCCAGCAGCAUUGCCAGGUGGAUUAGCAAGGAACGAUCAUGGAGACUGGGUGGAUUUGUAGGAUACCAGGUAAGUUUAGAGAACAUUUCCACGAAGGAGACAAGGUUGCUGUACAUGACAACCGGAAUUCUUCUUCAGAAAGUAGUUAAUGCCAAAAGCCUAGCUGAAUUCACGCAUAUUUUCAUUGAUGAGGUGCAUGAGCGUACAGAAGAAAUGGAUUUCUUGCUCUUGGUGAUCCGUAAACUAUUGCAUACAAAUUCCCAAUCUGUAAAGGUAAUAUUGAUGUCUGCUUCCAUCAACUGUAAAGAAUUUGCUGAUUACUUUGCACUUCCAGAUAAGAAUGGUCUGAAUCCAGCCUGUGUAAUUAAGGUGGAAGGCAAACCUUUUGCAAUCGAAGAAUAUUAUCUUGAUGAUUUGAAACACAUUGUGAAGUUCAAGCUUCCUACUCAAAUAAUUGAGGAACCAGUGAUAGUAAGGGAAAUGUUUGAAGUAGCACUGUCUUUGAUCCAGUCAUUUGAUGAGUUAGAGAUGGAGAAGAAUAGGGAGGAAAAAAACUUGAGUGUUCCAUCAGAACGUGGAAGUGUGCUAGUAUUUUUACCAGGUUUGUAUGAAAUAAGAUACCUGCAGUCAUGUCUCUCAAGUAAGUUCAACAAAAGGUGGCAAGUGUACCCACUUCACUCAGGUGGGACAUUAGAGGAACAAAAUAAUGCACUUUUGGCUACAGUUCCGUGCUACAGAAAAAUUGUUCUGUGUACAAACAUAGCUGAGAGCUCUGUAACAGUUCCUGAUGUUAAGUAUGUGAUAGAUUUCUGCUUAACUAGAACUUUGGUUUGUGACGAGGAAACUAAUUACCAGAGUUUGAGACGUUGCUGGGCAUCUAAAUCAAACUGUAAUCAAAGAAAAGGUCGUGCUGGACGUGUUUCCAAAGGGUAUUGUUAUAGGCUUGUAUACAAGAACUUCUGGACAGACUCCAUUCCAGAGCAGCCAGUACCUGAGAUACUGCGUUGUCCUUUGGGAACUACAGUCUUAAAAAUAAAAAAGCUUGAUAUGGGGGGACCAAAAGCCUUGCUGGCAACAGCUCUUUCUCCGCCCAGUGUAGGUGACAUUGAACGUACCGUACUUCAUCUGAAAGAGCUGGGAGCACUUACGAAUUGUGUGGAAACAGAAGACCCACAUGAUGGUGAGCUGACUUUCUUAGGAAAGGUAUUGGCACAAUUGCCAGUGGAUCUGCAUCUUGGAAAGCUGAUAGUCCUUGGGCAUGCCUUCGGGUGCUUAGAAGAAUGCAUUAUUAUAGCUGCAGCACUGUCUUUGCGGAACUUUUUUACAUCACCUUUACAACAGCAAGUUGACGGAUACAGGAACAAACUGUUUUUUGCUGACAAUAGUAAGAGUGACUGCAUCGCAAUUGUGAAUGCAUUUAAGGCAUGGCAAGCAUGCAGUCAAAAAGGGGAGCUGAGGCAUCCCAAGAAAGAGCUUGAGUGGGGUCAAUCAAAUUAUAUUCAUAUCAAGAAGAUCCGGGAGGUGGCACGGUUAUUUCACAACUUGAAAGAGCGAGUCAGUGCCUUUAACAUGCAUGUUAAUCCUGCACCAUCUGCUGUGGAUCAGGAAUGUUUAUACAAACAACGCUUCAUUUUGCAGGUUGUGAUGGCUGGUGCUUUCUAUCCAAACUACUUUACUUUUGGAAAAUGUAAUGAAGAAAGUGCUGCGAGAGACCUUGCUGGCAGAGAUCCAAGAACGACUGUAAUGCUGAGAAACAUUCCUCCCUAUGGAUAUCUAUACCAUAAACAGUUGCAGUCAUUGUUUAGACAGUGUGGGCAGAUAAAAUCUAUUGCCUAUGAUGGAUCAAAGGCUUUUGUGGAGUUCUCCCGUAACCCAAUGGAGGGCUUUAAGAUUCUUCCUGCAGUAUAUCUGUCAAUCAAGAUGUCACAGCUGAAAAUUCCUCUUUCACUGAAUGCUUAUCAUCGAAAUGAUAUUGAAAAGCAAUUGCAAGGAGUGACAGCUGUGAGUGUGGAAUCUCUAAGAGUAAAUGUGGAUUGUCAAAAGCAGAGUGUGGAGCCUAUGGAAGUUUCAUUUGGUGCUUUACAACAGCUAAAGAUGAUCCCAAGUCAUCUUCUGGCCAUCAGUAUAACAGAGAUAAUAGAAGUUGGACACUUUUGGGGUUACAGGACAGAUGAAAAAAAUAGAACUGUACUUCAGGCUCUAACUGCUGAAAUUAACUACCAGAAUCUGAUGGAUUUGCCAGUGUCUCCACAUCCAGACAUGGUUUGUCUGGCACCAUUCCCUCGUCUGGAAGACGGAGGAUAUUUUAGAGCUCGUAUUCUGUGUGUUUGUGGAGAUUUUGCUGAGGUGUUCUUUGUGGAUUAUGGCAAUAGAUCACAAGUGCCUUUAAAGAAAUUAAAAAAGAUUCCAAGCUCUCUUCAAGAGCUUCCAUUCCAGGCUUUAGAAUUCAAGAUAUGCAAGAUGCGUCCUUCUGCAAAAUCUCUUAUGUGUGGGGAACAGUGGUGUAACAGUGCUAACCAAAGAUUUGCCUCACUAUUAAAAGGCUCUGCAAUUUUAGUGAAGGUGUAUUCAGUUGUGCAUAGUGUUCUGCAUGUAGAUGUUUUCUGUUUUGAGGGGUACCAACAGCUUGUGAAUAUUCGAGAUGUGCUUAUUGAAGAAUGUUAUGCUGAACUAGCAGAAGAGUCAUAUGAAUCACAACAAAGCCAUAGUUUGAUCAGGGAAUUAUUUUUGGACCAAGUAAAGGAAGAGGAAAUGUCUGUAUCUUCAAGAAAGGAAGAAAAGCAUCUCCUUGAAAGAUUGUUAAACUGCUUUUCUGAACAUAAAUCUAAUGUUCCAACCCAUAAGGUAACAGUUUGUGGCCCGUUCAGUCCGUAUGAGGUGAAAUGCUAUGGUAUGACAAAAGUAUCCCAGUUCAGAAACAUUCUUAUACAAAAGCAAAGCAUAAACUCUGUUGUUCUCCACGAUGCUUCUGAUGAAACCUUUCAGCAGUUGUUGGUUUCUGCUUCUGUAUCAGCAAAUGCAACUGGAACUACUGUGAUUUUAGAAGAAACAUCUUUGAUGCCUCGUAUUCCUGGCCUGCUUCCGCUCCUCAGUAUGCUGUUUGCUCCUGCUAUAGAACUAAGGGUUGAUAAAAAUGGAAAGUAUUUCACUGGUGUUUUGUGCGGUUUGGGUUGGAGUCAGACUUCUGGAGCUCCUCUGCUUCCAGAAAAUGACAUGGAACUGACAUUUGAUGUGCAUUUUGGAGUGGAAGACAUAUUAGAGAUAAAUAUCCUAAGGACAGCCAUUAAUAAGCUGCUUUCUGAACGCGUAGUGUGUUUUGAACAAACAAGAGUGACACAGCUGCAGGAAGAUGUUCAUCAGAAACUUCUACGUCUGAUCUGCAAAUCAAAACCUCGAGAUAAAGUUGUUCCUACAUGGUACAAGAAGCCAUAUGCAUGGAAUCAGGUGCAUCCUCAGCUUAUUAUUGACCAGUCUGAAAAGCAGCAUGAAAAAAGAAAUGAGCUUUAUCAGCUGCAUAAGCUUGUUUUGUUGAAUGUUUAAGGAUUUCUAGAAGUCUUUCAGAGGACAAGGAAUUGCAGCUAGUCUGAAAAUGUCUUCUGUCUUCUGUGUAACCAUGGGACUCUCAUUUUGCAAGACUGUUCCUUGAGAUUAGUUUAAGUGUACUUAAAAUGCAGUUUGGAAUUAUGUUAAUGCGUUUUUAGAAAGCUAAGGUUUGCUGACCUCUAGAUGAGUUUAUGAAUAAACUGAGGUGAAGCAGGAUGUAUUUUUCAUUUUAAUAAUACUUCUGAACAGGUUUAUCACGAGGUAUGUGAAACACAAAGAAGAUCUAGGUUUAGUUGCUUGUUUUCUGUCUAAAAGCUCAUAAGCCAUAGAGUGUGAUUUUUUUGUCUUUAAAUACUUCUGUCAUCAGCUUUUCAAAAAGCCAUGCAACAAGGGUUUUCCUUAACCAAAAACUAAAAGGUAAAGGAAACUUGGGAUCUAGAUUUAUGUUCUCAUAAGAAGUAUGACUUCAAAUAGUGGAUGCAUCUUUUUCAUUAAUUUUUCAUAAAGAAAAACAUUAUAUGGUUUCUUUUCCUGUAUGGCAGAAGAAUGCACCUUUCUUUCAUCUUUUCAUCUUACUUUUACCUGCGAGAUCUUUAGUCCUAAAAAUGAGGUCAGUGGUUUCAGAAUAAAAUGUUGAAGUGAAAUAAAAUGUAUUUGUCUCUUCUGUUGUGCAGUCAUGCUUAAUAAAAGCUAAAUUUCGUUAUUAA